AUGGCCAUGGAAACAUCCCAUGAAUGUACAAAAAGUGUAGAAGUGGAUGCUACUUCUGUAGCCAUUGCAGGUGACAGCGCGGGCGGCAACCUCGCCGCCGCCGUCGCCCUGAAGCUUCGUGACGAGAAACUGGAGAUUCAGCCGACGAUACAGUGUCUAUUGUACCCGGUGCUCCAGUCCAUCGACCUGCACAGCCCCAGUCGUCUGCAGAACAGUCCAAUGUCCGGAGUACUGUCAGGCCACGGUGUCAUGGUCUCCGGAUAUCUCGGAUUACCGACAAAAUACGCCCCCAUCAUACACCAAAACCGCCACCUUUCGGCCUCUCUUCGGCAGCAGUACUCCAAAUACUUGGAUUACAACCAACUCCCAGCAUCCUUCAUUCCAGAUGGCUAUGAGCCUACCCGUGCGCCUCCUAGUAGCGACCCUGGUCAAAUUCCAGAGGCCGCUCAAAAGUUGUUUGUCCAGUCGUAUGUGGCGCCUCUCUUAUCUCCGGAUCUCAGUGGACUUCCUCAGGCCUACGUCUUCACUGUUGGCGCCGACACGCUUCGUGAUGAUGGAGCUCUUUACGUGAAACGUUUACAAGACGCUGGUGUCAAAGCGAAGCUGGCUCAUUAUCCAGAGAGCUUUCAUGGUGUUUUAUCCGUGGGCAUAAAGUUUGAAGCUAGGGAUAAAGGUAGACGAGAGUUUGUCGAUUUCAUUAAAAAGAAUCUUUAGUAGUAUUUGCACAUCAUUCUUGGCGACAUAUAUGGUGAAUGUAGUGUCUUUUCACCAGACACUGUGCUAAAGGCUAGAGUCUAAGCAUGGAACCACCAGUCGAUGGUAAGACAGUGAUUUGUAAUUAUAUUUGCUCAAUGUGAUGGACUAACCUUUCCCGCGCAAUGGCUAUGACUGCCCGCAGAAUGCAAUGGCAGUUCUUAGGAGUAGAUCACAUACCUUAGGCGGGAAUUAACCGGGAAGGGCUACCCAGUGUAAACACCAAUGAAAUAAAUAAAUAAAUAUAAAUAAUUGUAU